AUGAGCCAGCCAUUGAGAAGCUGCUUUGCGGCGCGACCGCUCGCCCGGAUAUCACAGAACAUUGCAGCCAGGAAUGGCGUGCAGAGCGCCAGGUUUCUGUCACAGACAAGCGCACGAUGGGAGGACUCAAAAGAUGCAAAGCCAGGCUCGCCCAAGACGGUGCCUCCGAAGCCUCGAACCGAAAACCUCCUCGAAAGCAUCUGGGGCACCUCACUGGGAUCCAGCGGCCGGUCCACGCAGCCUGAUUCCAUGGCCAGCCUCUCCCAGAGCAUGGUCUUCCAGGCCCUCAACAAGUCCAACAUCGAUACCAGCGUCCUAUCCGGCGCACCCUCACAGGCCACCCAGAAGAAGGAGGACGAGCUGGAGCCUUUCCACUUUCACAUCUACGCACACAAGCACAACACACACAUCACCUGCACAAAGCCGAACCGGGAGCCCAUCAUUUCCAUGUCGUGCGGCAACAUUGGUUUCAGAAAAUCACGGCGGGGCACUUUCGACUCGGCCUAUUCACUGACAAAAUACGUUUUGGAGCGAUUGAUCCACACGGGGUGGCCCAUGAAGAUUCAGCGUCUUGAGUUGGUUCUACGAGGAUUUGGUCAGGGCAGAGAGGCUGCGGUCAAGGUUCUAAUGAGCCCAGAGGGCAAAGUGCUGCGGGACAAGAUUGUGCGGGUUGCGGAUUCAACGAGAAUCAAGUUUGCAGGAACAAGGAGCGAGAAGCCCAGGCGUUUGUAG